AUGGAGGGUUUCGACCCGAUAUCCAUGACCUACAUGGCUACCAACUUCGAGGCUGUCGAUGACACUGUCCCUGUGCCCAACAUGUACAACAACAUGAUGAUGAUGCCAAACGACUUUAUGGAACAAUACUCGACCUACGAUUCGCAGACCACUACGCCGACCCUCAAGCGAUUCUCUAGCACUUUCGAUGAUGCCUUCUCUGAUGCCGUGGGAGCCUUUGAAACCAUUGCCGAGACAGGAACCCAAGAUGCCCAUGACACACAAGACGCGAAAGAGAUUGCCAUAGAACAAGGCCACAAGUACUUGAAGUUCACUCCGCCCCAGUACGACUACGCUCUGCUCGACUACAACUUCCAUCAGGUAUCAGUGAGCUUGACUGCUGAUCUAUUGGGCCUUUUCUUUACCGAAAAGUCGGCCUGGGUGAAGCCAGCAGAGAACACCGAGUUGAUGUGCUACCGUCGCAACAUCUUCCAGGUCUCCGGCAGUGUCGUGGUUCCGCGAGCACUGCGCAAUAUCGUCACUGAGCAGACGGAACAGAUAGCCAUCGUCUCUCAAGAACUCAUCAUCUCAGCCACAGAGUCCGCCGAGGGGAGUCCCACUAAGAUCAUUUGUGUUCCUUGGAAGACUCCACCCAACGCAAACUCUACUGUAGACGAGAGGGCCGAGAAAGAACCACAGUCAAUACCGCUAGAUCUCUCCACUGCCCCGGAGGGAGACUCCAACUUCGCCACAUUUCCGUUCCACUGGAAGCGCUUGCAGUUCCGUAGCGCAACAGCAAACAACGGCAGAAGGAAAGAGCUACAACAGCAUUUUAUCGUUCAUCUCAAGGUCGUGGCUACGCUGGCGACGGGAGGGAAAGUGACCAUCUGUCAUGCCAAAUCAAAUCCUAUCGUUGUUAGAGGUCGGAGCCCUAGGAACUUCCAGUCCAGGAAAGACAUCCUGCUCACUGGAAAUGGCACGCACGCGAAGAAGCCGACAACAGCGGCCCCGAAACCGCGUGCACCAUCACAAGCAGAUACCGGCCAUGCUCGAAAGCCGUCUCGUAACAGCGUGAUCGCGGCCCCUAAGAAUGAGACUCCCGCAAUCACGGCUUUUGACAACACGGACUUCCAGAUGCCCGCGUUUUAUACCAAUACAUUCCAACAAGGCGCAAUGACUGCGAUACCGCCGACUGCACGCCUUUCUGAACCCAAAGACUACCCUGUGUCAUCUCCUGAUCUAGUGCGUCAGCCCUCAAACAUGCCUGCACCAGCUCGAGUACCGCUGAAGCUUUCCUUGACGGACGAGGAAGAACCCAAACAAUCUUCUAUGAGCCCUCCUAAGAACGGUAACGCAAGCAAGCGGGUAGUCACAGGUCGCGCCGUAAGCACACCCUCUGCCUUAGCUCUGCAAGUAGGCAGCAGUCCAGACGAAAGUGCAGACUUGCUGUACGAGUACUUUCCACUUAGUCUGGAUGACUGGCAGCCUCCUGUCGAUGCCGUGUACCGUCCGCACGUCGUGCACCAUAUCAACCCAUUGCCGGAGAAUAAGGCUCGCGACCGCUUGAGUCGCCUCAAGAACAAACGCUAUUUCAGCGAAGACGUGGGAUGA